UACCCAUUAAAACCGGUAAAAUGACUAUUUCUAAACAGUAAUAACAACCAUAUUGGUCUAAUACGCACAAAAAAAACCUUAGUGACCUAAUACGAACAAGCUGGAAACCUUAUUACUCUCCCAAGUCAUUAUCCCUUUAAUCUAGACCCUCGCUUUUGUGUUGUCGGUCGGAUCUAUGUCUUCUCACCACCGCCGACGAGUGUCUUCGCUGUUAUCUGCUGCUCCGACGUCUUGUUCUACUGGGAUUAUUGAAACUCAUACAUCGAUUAGUUCUUCUAAGUUCUAUCGAGUAGGAACAUUGCAAAAUUUGAUUAUUAACAGAUGAUUAUUACACUUUUUCUUAUCGAUAGAUUCAUCGUCUAUUACUCUUAUAAUUCAAUUGAUUGUUCCACUUCGGGUGUAGAAUUUUGUCGCCAUGGCUGAAAAUAUGGUAACACAGGAACACGAUGAGCUCACUGAAGCUCUCAACGAUCUAUUUACUGAUGUUUCCACUAUGAUUAAAGGCGAUCUUCAGGGUACAAACAAUGUCCUCAAGUUGUUGGAAAGUAUGAAUCUGAAAGUAGCAGAAGAAUAUGAAGGAUUUGGUGAUGUUGCCUCUGGAUUGAGGGUUUUUGUUGAACGAUUGAAGGCAAAAAGUGAGAAUUUUGAUGUGUAUGUUCAGCAAAUUGAUGCUAUAGAACAACAAGUGACUGAUCUACAAGUAGUAAUCUCCAUGCUUGAUAAAUAUGUUUCUUUGUUGGAAUCAAAAGUUUAGUCUGUUUACAAGAUGCCAGCUUCAUCAUCAUCAUGGUUUGCACAUAUCUUAAGAAACUGAAAUGAAUCCCUACAUAUUGAGGUAAAAUGGAUGCUUUUCUCAAUUAUUUCAUUGAAAUGAAAUUGAUCCAAAACUUGGUGAAAUAUCAUUCAACCUAUUUGUCUUGUUUGUCUAUAUAUUCCAUCAUUCAUAUUCCAUCAUUCAUUUAAUAACUGUUUUGUUUUAUUUGGAUGU